AUGAUGUCCUACCUCAAGCAGCCUCCCUACGCCGUCAACGGCCUGGGGCUGAGCGGGGCCGCCAUGGACCUGCUGCACCCUUCCGUGGGAUACCCGGCGACGCCGAGGAAGCAGCGUCGCGAGCGGACGACGUUCACGCGGUCUCAGCUGGACGUCCUGGAGGCUCUGUUCGCCAAGACCCGCUACCCGGAUAUCUUCAUGCGGGAGGAGGUGGCUCUCAAAAUCAACCUGCCCGAAUCCCGCGUCCAGGUGUGGUUCAAGAACCGCCGAGCCAAGUGCCGGCAGCAGCAGCAGAGCGGCGGCGGUACCAAGGCGCGGCCACCCAAGAAGAAGUCGUCCCCGGCCCGCGAGAGCACUGGUUCCGAAAGCAGCGGUCAGUUCACGCCGCCCGCCGUCUCCAGCGCCGGUUCCAGCUCUUCCUCGUCGGCGGCGUCCAAUCACGCGGCGCUGAGCAGCAGCACGGCCCCGUCCAUCAGCACCGUGUCGUCCAUCUGGAGCCCGGCCAUAUCUCCGGGCAACGCCCCGGCUCCGGCCGCCGCCCCCUCGACCGCCCCGCUCCCCGAGCCCGGCCCGCCCUCCAACGCCUCCUGCAUGCAGCGAUCCGUGUCGGGCUCGGCCGCCGCCUCCUACCCCAUUUCCUACAACCAGACGACGGGUUACGGGCAGGGCUACCCGGCCCCCUCCGGCUCCUACUUUGGGGGCGUAGACUGCGGCUCCUACCUGACACCCAUGCACUCCCACCACCACCAGCUCAGCCCCAUGGCCGCCUCUUCCAUGUCCGCGCACCCGCACCACCACAUCGGCCAGUCCUCGGGACACCCGCACCACCACCACCCGCACCAUCACCAUCACCCGCACCAGGCCUACGGCGGCUCCGGACUGGCCUUCAACUCAUCCGACUGCCUGGAUUACAAAGAGCAGACGGCCGCUUCGUCCUGGAAACUCAACUUCAAUGCCUCGGACUGCUUGGACUAUAAAGACCAGACCUCCUGGAGGUUCCAAGUUUUGUGA